AUGUGGGUCCCCGCCCUGCUGGCACCCAGCAUCCUUACCCUGCUCCUCACCUUGGUGCAGGAGAGCAGUGAGGAGUGCAGAGAGGCGCUGGUCAAGUCCGAGAUGAACAUGAACAUGAAGUACCAGCUGCCCAACUUCACCGCAGACACGCCCAUCCACAACGUGGUCUUGCACGAGCAUUACAUUUUCCUGGGGGCUGUUAACAGCAUUUAUGUUCUCAACGACAAAGACCUCCAGAAGGUAGCCGAGUACAGGACCGGGCCAGUGCUGGAGCACCCAGAUUGUCUGCCAUGUCAGGACUGCAGCGGCAAAGCCAACGAAUCCGGGAGCCUUUGGAAGGACAACGUCAACAUGGCCCUGCUUGUUGAUACCUACUACGAUGACCAGCUUAUCAGCUGCGGCAGUGUCAACAGGGGGACCUGCCAUCGGCAUGUGAUGCCACCCGGCAACCCUGCGGACAUACGUUCAGAGGUUCACUGUAUGUUCUUCCAGGAGGCAGAUGAAGAGCCUGGCCAGUGUCCCGACUGCGUGGUGAGCGCCUUGGGUACCAGAGUCCUCCUUACCCAAAAGAACAGGUUCAUCAACUUCUUUGUAGGCAACACCAUCAAUUCAUCUUACCUCCCGGAUCGCUCGCUGCAUUCGAUCUCGGUGAGGAGGCUGAAGGAGACACUGGAUGGCUUCAAGUUCCUGACAGAUCAGUCCUAUAUUGACGUUCUCCCUGAGCUCCGGGACUCGUACCCCAUCAAGUAUAUCCAUGCCUUUGAAAGCAACGACUUCAUCUACUUCCUGACGGUCCAGCGGGAAACUCUGGAUUCUCAGACCUUCCACACAAGAAUCAUCCGGUUCUGUUCUGUAGAUUCUGGGUUACACUCCUACAUGGAAAUGCCUCUGGAAUGUAUCCUCACUGAAAAGAGGAGGAAGAGAUCCACGAGGAAAGAGGUGUUUAACAUCCUUCAGGCCGCCUAUGUCAGUAAGCCUGGGGCACAUCUUGCCAAGCAGAUAGGGGCUAGCCCCAACGAUGACAUUCUCUACGGGGUGUUCGCACAGAGCAGGCCAGACUCCGCCGAGCCGAUGAACCGGUCUGCUGUCUGCGCGUUUCCUAUCAAGUUCGUCAACGAAUUCUUCAACAAGAUUGUCAACAAAAACAAUGUGCGGUGUCUCCAGCAUUUUUACGGACCCAACCACGAGCACUGCUUUAACAGGACGCUUUUGAGAAAUUCCUCAGGCUGUGAAGUGCAUAGCGAUGAGUACCGGACGGAGUUUACCACAGCUUUGCAGCGAGUUGACUUAUUUAUGGGCCAAUUCAACCACGUGCUCUUAACAUCCAUCUCCACCUUCAUUAAGGGAGACCUCACGAUCGCGAACCUUGGGACGUCAGAGGGUCGCUUCAUGCAGGUUGUCAUUUCUCGGUCUGAUUUGUCAACCCCUCAUGUGAACUUCCGUCUGGAUUCCCACGCUGUGUCCCCAGAGGUUGUGGUGGCAUUUCCUCUAAACCAAAACAACUACACGCUGGUUGUCACGGGGAAGAAGAUAACCAAGAUCCCACUGGAGGGCCUGGGCUGCGAGCACUUCCAGUCCUGCAGCCAGUGUCUCUCCGCCCCUCCCUUCGUGCAGUGUGGCUGGUGCCAUGACAAGUGCGUCCGGGUGGAGGAAUGCCCUGGCGGGAUGUGGACUCGGGAGAUCUGCCUGCCCACAAUUUAUGAGGUCUCCCCAACCAGUGCCCCCCUUGAGGGAGGCACACCACUCACAAUAUGUGGCUGGGACUUCGGAUUCAGGAAGAAUAACAAAUUUGAUUUAAAGAAAACGAGAGUUCUCAUUGGAAAUGAGAGUUGCACCCUGACUUUGAGUGAAAGCACAACAAAUAAGUUGAAAUGUACAGUUGGUCCUGUGGUGAACAGGCAUUCCAACCUGCCCAUUGUCGUUUCGAAUGGCCGAGGGACAGCCCAGUACAGUACGUUUUCCUAUGUGGAUCCUGUAAUUACAAGUAUUUCUCCAAGUUUUGGUCCAAAGGCUGGUGGCACUUUGCUUACUUUGACUGGAAAGUACCUAGACAGUGGGAAUUCAAGACACAUUUCAAUUGGUGGAAAAACAUGCACUUUAAAAAGUGUGUCAGAUAGUGUUCUAGAAUGUUAUACCCCAGCCCAAAGCACUUCAGCUGACUUUCCGGUUAAACUGAAAAUUGACUUAGCCAACCGUGAGGCCUAUAGCUUCGCCUACCAGGAAGAUCCCAUUGUCUUUGAAAUCCAUCCAACCAAAUCUUUUGUUAGUGGUGGAAGUACAAUAAGUGCUAUCGGAAAAAACCUGAAUUCAGUUAGUGUCCCAAGGAUGGUAAUAAACGUGCAGGAAACAGGAAGCAAUUUUACUGUGGCAUGCCAACACCGCUCUCAUUCAGAGAUAAUCUGCUGCACCACUCCCUCCCUCCAGCAGCUGAAGCCACAGCUCCCCUUGAAAACCAGAGCUUUCUUCAUGUUUGAUGGAAUCCAUUCCAGUUACUUUGAUCUCAUUUAUGUACAUAAUCCUGUGUUUAAGCCUUUUGAAAAGCCAGUGAUGAUCUCGAUGGGCAAUGAAAAUGUACUGGAAAUUAAGGGAAAUGAUAUUGACCCUGAAGCAGUUAAAGGUGAAGUGUUAAAAGUUGGAAAUAAGAGCUGUGAGAAUAUACACUCAUAUCCUGAAGUCGUUUUAUGUACAGUCCCCAGUGACUUGCUGAAGUUGAACAGCGAGCUAAAUAUAGAGUGGAAGCAAGCCGUUUCUUCAACAGUCCUUGGGAAAGUAAUCGUUCAACCAGAUCAGGAUUUCACAGGAUUGAUUGUUGGUGUUGUCUCAAUAUCGAUAAUGCUCAUAUUAUUAUUUGGGCUUUUCUUGUUGCUGAAAAAGAGAAGGCAAAUUAAAGAUCUGGGUGGUGAAUUAGUUCGUUAUGAUGCAAGAGUACACACUCCUCAUUUGGAUAGGCUUGUAAGCGCCCGAAGUGUAAGCCCAACUACAGAAAUGGUUUCAAAUGAAUCCGUAGACUACCGAGCUACUUUGCCAGAAGAUCAGUUCCCUAACUCAUCUCAGAACGGGUCGUGCCGACAAGUGCAGUAUCCGCUGACGGACCUGUCCCCCAUUCUAACCAGCGGGGACUCUGAUAUUUCCAGCCCAUUACUGCAAAAUACUGUCCACAUUGACCUCAGUGCCCUCAAUCCAGAGCUGGUCCAAGCAGUCCAGCACGUUGUGAUUGGGCCGAGCAGCCUGAUUGUGCAUUUCAAUGAAGUCAUAGGAAGAGGGCAUUUUGGAUGUGUUUAUCAUGGGACUUUGUUGGACAGUGAUGACAAGAAAAUUCACUGCGCUGUGAAGUCCUUGAAUAGAAUCACAGACAUAGAAGAAGUGUCCCAGUUUCUCACUGAGGGGAUCAUCAUGAAGGAUUUCAGCCAUCCCAAUGUUCUCUCGCUCCUGGGAAUCUGCCUUCGGAGUGAGGGGUCUCCUCUUGUGGUCCUCCCGUACAUGAAACAUGGAGAUCUUCGAAAUUUCAUUAGAAAUGAGACUCAUAACCCGACUGUGAAGGAUCUUAUUGGCUUUGGCCUUCAAGUAGCCAAGGGCAUGAAGUAUCUUGCAAGCAAAAAGUUUGUCCACAGAGACUUGGCAGCGAGAAACUGUAUGCUGGAUGAAAAGUUCACUGUCAAGGUUGCUGAUUUUGGUCUGGCCCGGGAUAUGUAUGACAAAGAAUACUAUAGUGUCCACAACAAAACCGGUGCCAAGCUGCCAGUGAAGUGGAUGGCUUUGGAGAGUCUGCAGACUCAGAAGUUCACCACCAAGUCAGAUGUGUGGUCCUUCGGUGUGCUGCUCUGGGAACUGAUGACAAGAGGUGCUCCCCCUUAUCCUGAUGUAAACACCUUUGAUAUAACCGUGUACUUACUGCAAGGAAGAAGGCUCUUACAACCAGAAUACUGCCCGGACCCCUUAUAUGAAGUGAUGUUGAAAUGCUGGCACCCGAAAGCUGAAAUGCGUCCAUCCUUUUCUGAACUGGUCUCCCGGAUCUCCACGAUAUUCUCGACUUUCAUCGGGGAGCACUAUGUCCAUGUGAACGCCACUUAUGUGAAUGUCAAGUGCAUAGCUCCAUAUCCUUCUCUCUUGUCAUCCCAAGACAAUGGGGAUGGUGAUGUGGACACCUGA